UGAUCCAUACUCAAGCCUAAGGAAAAUGAGAAACUAUGAAGUUGUUGUGAUGCUUCUCUGUGCUGCAAUGAUAAUUCAUGCACAAGAAGGAAAUGGUGCAUUAAUACCAGAAGAAACCCAAGAAAUGAUCGAUGAGGCUAACAGGAAUGGACCUUAUUUAGGGUUGGUCAUCCCUAACCUCUUUGAGAUGAACCCUCUUCUUCAAUCUCCAAACUACACAGCCAGUAACCUAACCAUAGAUUUUGCAGGUAGAAGGUUUCGAUUUGGGACCAUUGCUGACAAGAAAGUCAUAUUGGUCAUGACAGGACUGAGCAUGAUAAAUGCAGGAAUAACUACCCAGCUAUUGUUGAGUACCUUUGAUAUAGAAGGAGUAGUGCACUAUGGGAUAGCUGGGAAUGCAAACCCAUCUCUGAAUAUUGGGGAUGUCACCAUUCCUCAGUAUUGGGCUCAUACUGCUCUUUGGAAUUGGCAGAGGUAUGGAGAUGGGCCUGAGGAUGAGCUAGCUUUGGAAGAAAAUGGGGACUACACCAGGGAGAUUGGGUACUUAAAGUUUGCAAAUUAUACAGUAAAUGUGAGCAGCAGCAGUUCCUAUGACAACCUGUUGAACAAUGUUUGGUAUCAACCAGAGGAAGUGUUCCCUGUGGAUGGAACUCCUGAGGAAAGGGAACAUGCCUUUUGGGUUCCUGUUGACUCCCUCUACUUUCAGCUUUCCCAAAACCUAUUGGCUUUGGAGCUGGAGGGGUGUGUGAACUCAACCACAUGUUUGACUGAGACACCAAAGGUGGUGAGUGUAUUAAGAGGAACAAGCGCAAGCAUUUAUCUAGACAAUGCGGCUUACCGUGCCUUCAUAUACGAUAAAUUCCAGGUAAGCCCUGUGGACAUGGAAAGCGCAGCGGUUGCACUCAUCUGUCUGCAGCAGAGAGUAGCCUUCAUCGCCUUCCGGGCUAUUUCCGACUUGGCCGGAGGUGGGUCUGCCCAGUCAAAUGAGGCUGCUACCUUUACUUCUCUUGCUGCUAACAAUGCCGUCACUGUUGUGGUUGAAUUCAUCAAGCAACUGUCCGCAGCCAGCUUCCACGCCAGCUUUGUUUCUUAAUCUCAUGGAGUUGCUCCUAAUUAUGUCUUUAUCCAGUAUGAGGCAUGCAUAGCCUAUGAAAAUAAGUACUUUGUGACACUGUCAUCUGGAAUCAAUAAGACCGUCGUUAUGGCCGUAAAACCAUGGAUCUAUUUGGGUUCAAUUCAUAUGAAAUUGUUGGAAUUGUGGUUUUCAAGA